UGCCACUCCAGGGCGUCUACUGGAUAUGAUGGAAAGAGGAAAAAUUGGAUUAGACUUCUGCAAAUACGUAGUGUUGGACGAAGCUGAUAGAAUGCUGGAUAUGGGAUUUGAACCUCAGAUACGUCGUAUAGUUGAACAAGGCAGUAUGCCACGGAAGGGUAUUCGCCACACCAUGAUGUUCAGUGCUACCUUUCCUAAGGGAAUACAGUGGCUUGCUCAUGAUUUCUUGGAUGAUUAUAUCUUCCUGACGGUAGGCAGAGUUGGCUCUACGUCUGAAAGCAUCACGCAGAAGGUAGUUUGGGUGGAAGAGUCAGACAAACGGUCAUUUUUGCUUGACCUCUUAAAUGCAGCAGGGAAGGAUUCACUGACGUUAGUGUUCGUGCAGACCAAGAAGCGUGCCAGUUCUCUCGAGGAUUUCUUAUCCUGUGAAGGAUAUGCUUGUACCAGUAUUCAUGGAGAUCGAUCACAGAGGGAUAGAGAGGAGGCCCUUCACCAGUUCCGUUCAGGAAAAAGCCCGAUUCUAGUGGCUACAUCCGUGGCAGCAAGAGGAUUAGACAUUUCAAAUGUGAAACAUGUAAUCAAUUUUGACUUGCCAAGUGAUAUUGAAGAAUAUGUACAUCGGAUUGGUCGUACAGGACGUGUAGGAAACCUUGGCCUUGCCACCUCAUUCUUUAAUGAAAGAAAUAGAAAUAUCACAAAGGAUUUGUUGGAUCUACUUGUUGAAGCUAAACAAGAAGUGCCAUCUUGGUUGGGAAACAUGGCUCAUGAACACCACUGUAAGGGCAGCAGUCAUGGACAUUCUAAGAGUAGAUUCAGUGGAGGAUUUGGUGCCAGAGACUAUCAACAAAGUAGAGUUUCCACCAGUUCUGCCUUUAGUAGUAGUCAUGCAAGCAGCAGCCACAGUGGUGGAGGUGGUGACAGCAGCAGCAGAGGAUUUGGUGGAGCUGGUUAUGGAGGCUUCUACACUAGUGAUGGACAUGGAGGAAAUUACAGCUUCCAGGGUGUCAGCUGCUGGGGCAAUUGAAUCUGCUUUACAACAAAGUCAUCCUUGUAAACAACCUCAUCUGGAAACCACAUGUAUCUUAGCCAGAACAUAUCGUGUAGCUUUAAGAACUGCUGUCCAGUUACCAACUGUGAUUGUCCUGAAA